CGGGGCAGUUCAAGAUGGCGGCGACCAUGUUCCGGGCUGUUCUGCGGGGCUGGAGAACCGGCGUCCAGCCGGGCUGCGGGCUACGGCGGCUGGUGAGAGCGCUGAGCCUGGAGCUGGGGGCAGAGGGCUAGAGCCAGACCCAGGGGCCUCCUGACUACCCCAGCUUCGUCGAGUCUGUGGAUGAAUACCAGUUUGUGGAGCGCCUGUUGCCCCCCGCCACCAUCCCAAAGCCCCCAAAGCAUGAACAUUAUCCCACUCCUAGUGGCUGGCAGCCCCCGAGAGGGCUAGCAUCCGUCUCAUGUUCAAGGAAGGGCCCAGGAAUGGAGCCCUGUUCUACUAGUACUGUCCAUCCUCGCUAUCGGGACGAGGUCUUCCCAUGUGGGAAAAGUGAAGCAUGGAGAGAAGACCCAGGAGCUUGGACCUUCCCCCGCCCGGGCCACACGCCAUGGCUGAGGACACAGCUUGGGAGCUGGGCGGUCUGGGUCCGGAUUUGGCACUGCUCUUCACUGUCAGUGUGAUCUUGAACCCCCCGCCCAGCCUGCCCUACUUUGUGCGGCGUUCUCGGAUGCACAACAUCCCUGUCUACACGGACAUCACGCAUGGCAACCGUCAGAUGACCGUGAUCCGGAAGGUGGAGGGGGACAUUUGGGCCCUGCAGAAGGACGUGGAAGAUUUUCUGAGGCCACUGCUGGGGAAGACCCCUGUCACCCAGGUCAACGAGGUGACAGGUACUCUGCGGAUCAAGGGCUACUUUGACCGGCAGCUCAAAGCCUGGCUCCUGGAGAAGGGCUUCUGAGGCCCAGCUGAGCAGCCUGCAAGACAGUGUCGCCCCAGACUGGAGUCCAGGGGCUCUGUGGAGGAGGGGGUGGGUGUUGGAGCAGCUAGGACAGGGGGACGGAGUCCAGGGCUAAGGGCUGAGGCAGGGCAGAGCGAGGGCUAAAGGGCUUCAGAGGAGGCCCUGCUUGCACCGUGCGGGGAUGGGACCCUCUGCACAGGUGCCAGCACUGGACGAGACCCACUAGGGGCAGCUGAGCUAGUGGGGGCAUUGGUUGCUGUCCUCCCACCCCGACUCCUGCUUUCCCUUCAUUAGAACUCCUCGUCAGCUAUGCAAAUUCUGGAGCUUGUCGACUGCUCCUCUGGGGGAAGCACAGCCCAGUCCACUUUCGGGGGAGGGUAGCACAUGCACUGGGGACAUUACUUCCCUGGCCCUCAGACCCAUCCUGCUGCCAACACUCCCGACACUCCCGAGCCCUUGCCAGCCCUGACUUGGUGGUGGCUACGAAGAACACAAAUGACUCAGAGGUGGGUCCCGGAGGCCUUCAGCUCCAAGUGGAGUGCUGGGCCCAGGGCACUCUUUCUGUCCACGGAGAGCCAGAAGGCCCGGUCACCUCUGCUCCAUUCCAGAGUUGGUCCUGACUGGGUCUCUGGCUCCGUGGAGCGAAGUGAUUAGCUUUAGCUGGCCUGCCCACAAGGCGGUGCUCGGGAGGUCUCAGCAGCCCAGCACCGGGCCAGCCUCCCUAGCUUCCUGACUGCUAUCAAGGCUGGACAGGUUUGCAGGCAGGAAGAUGCUGGCUGGCCCUUUGCCCCUGCCAUCUGUCCCACCUCCAGGCAAUGAACCUUCACACUUGCCCUCUCCCUGGAGUCACAAGGGCCAAAGGCCUGAGUUCCCAACCCCACCCCAGCAAAGUGGCAUGACAGGGUUCAGAGCCUGGCUCCCCUACUUGGUCUCUGACCUAAGGCGGGGUCCUUAACCUCGGGCCUCCGUUUAUUCAUGUGUAAAAUGGAUAUAUCUUCCUAAUGGUUUAAUAAUCAACAACGUGCCCCCAAACAGUGCUGGCUUCUACAAAUAAACCCGCACCCCUGCAGCUCCAGGCCACUCUCAAGUCGACAGCCUGAGCAAGAAAAAGGAGCCUGCACACUGAUGGCACGACACCAGCUCCACCAAUCGUUAAUGCAAGUUUUUAUUUGGCUGUAUAUACAAUUUAAGCUAUUAAAAUUUGUACAAUAUUUACAAAUUAAAUAAUCAUCUCAAA